UAUUUAUGGCAACCUUGGACAAUUGACAUUCCGGCUCUUGACACUUGAUUUUUUCGGGGUUAGAAUUCGCUCUGAAAUAAUACAAAAUUUAAUUUAAUAAAAAACUUAAUUAUAAAUUUAGUUCAGUAAUAUUUAAAAGUGAAUUUUAAAUCAAAUUGAUAUAAUGGCCGCCAUCAGAUCAAUGUCCCGUCUUCUUACAAGCAGAUCCCUUAGCUCAACAGCAAAAAGAUGUUAUUCGGAAGAAAUGAACUUUACUUUUGCCUCAGGAAAUCAAAUAUUUUAUGAUGGAAAAAGCGUUAAACAAGUAGAUGUCCCUUCGUUUUCUGGUAGUUUUGGUAUCCUACCCAAACAUGUUCCAACUUUGGCAGUUUUAAGACCAGGAGUCGUGUCUGUAUAUGAAAACGAAGGAGCUGUUAAGAAGAUCUUUGUAUCCAGUGGGACUGUCACAAUUAAUGAUGAUUCCUCUGUACAAAUUAUCGCAGAGGAAGCUCAUCCUGUUGAAAAUAUAGAUCUAUCAGCUGCCAGAGAUCUUUUAAGUAAAGCUCAGAGUCAAUUGUCUUCAGCAGCCAAUGAUCAGGCUAAGGCUGAAGCUGAAAUAGCCAUCGAAGUGGGAGAGGCGUUAGUAAAGGCUGCUGAGUAAAAAUAAAACCAAACGUACUUUAAAUUUAUUAUAAAUAGCUUUAUGAAAUAAAAUGUUGAAAUUUACUGUAACUACUUCAGUUUUUUAUGUCUCUGUAUAAUAAAUCAGUAAAAAAA